AUGGAUAUCGAUGACCCAACACAGCCACUUCUUGGUCCACGUGAAGAAAGCAAGUUUCGCCGCACAGCCGCGAAGUUAUGCAGUUUGCAGUCAUGGAAAAGACGACUGCCUGUAACGAUCUGGUUGCCAAAAUAUAACUUUGAGUACUUCGUAAAGGACAUUAUCGCUGGUGUGACUGUCGGAUGCACAUCAAUACCGCAAGGAAUUGCAUACUCUAUGGUUGCUGGUGUUCCACCACAGGUAGGAUUGUACGCCAGCAUUUUCCCGGGUAUGGUAUACGCGAUUUUCGGAAGUUCCAAGUACGUCUGUGCUGGGCCCACUGCUAUUUUAUCCGCAUUGAUAGCGAAAUAUGUUGCCCUAUCCGUCGACUUUGCCUAUCUCGCAGCGUUUGUGACAGGAAUAGUUAUAUUACUACUGGGAAUUUUUCAACUAGGUUUUCUGCUUGAUUUUAUAUCGAAACAAGUGAUCAGCGGUUUCACGACAGCAGCUGCUUUGCAGAUAGCAGCAUCGCAGUUGAAAUCUCUCUUCAGAAUAUCAGGAGCAUCAGGCAACACUUUUUUGAGCGCGAUUAUAAACUUCUUCAAGAAUAUAAAGACGGUUCAACUAUGGGACACGGUGUUGGGUGUUAGCACAAUUAUAGCCUUGUAUAUUAUUCAGUUCUCAAAGAUCAAAACUUCCGAUAGUUCCGGAUCGUGCAUGUUGAGGGCGUCCCGUUUGUGGGUGUACGCGGUGCGCGCCAGAAACGUCAUCGUCGUAUUCUCAGCUUCUUUACUUGCAUUCAUUCUGUUCCGCAAUGAUAUCAUUCCAUUCCACUUAACAGGAACAAUCGAAGGUGGUCUACCCCGCUUCGGCCCGCCACCGUUCAGCACAAUCGUGAAUAAUGUGACGCUGGGCUUCGAUCAAAUGCUUGCGACUUUUGGCCCUGGAGGACUUGUGAUGCCGUUAGUCACCAUUCUUGAGAGCGUCGCCAUCGCUAAGGCUUUUGCCGGCAGCAAACCCGUGGAUGGUACGCAAGAGAUGAUAGCAAUCGGGGCUUGUAACCUGUUAAGUUCGUUCGCUUCAGCUAUGCCGGCAACAGGAUCGUUUACUCGGACAGCUCUGAACCAUGCCAGCGGGGUUGUUACACCAGCUGGGUCCUUCUUUAAAGCAUGUGUAGUGUUACUAGCCGUGACACUACUUACAGAGGCGUUCUACUUCAUCCCUCGAGCUACGCUUGCGGGUGUCAUCAUGGUGGCCAUGAUUUCCAUUAUGGAGUUGUCCAUUGUCAAGAAGCUUUGGAUGAAUAGUAAACCAGAAUUAGGUGUGUGGUGUGUGACUGUGUGCGUGGGAAUAUUCGUUGGGUUGGAGUACGGUAUCGCAGCUGGUGUAGCAGUGGACGCGAUACGGGCCCUUCUGUCUGCAUCGAGGCCUAGACUUUAUACACAACAAUUUAAGGUUGGCAACCAGGACUGUAUAUCCAUCUCGCUGGUUGGGGCUCUAUCGUACGCAAGUGCCGAGCACGUGGCCGGCAAAGUGCGCGCGCAAAGCCAAACACGAAGCUUAGUGUUUGUGUUUGAUGGGAGACAACUCACUUCGUGUGAUUUCGGAGUAACAGAGAAUCUUAUAACAGUGAUAAUAGAUUUAGAGAAGAACAAGAACCGGGUAUUAUUAUGGAACUUCGACGCCAAGCUAAGAAAACUGUUCCAAGAUUUGGCACCGGAUAUGAAGGACAAGUUUGUUCAUGGCCCCACUAUUGAGCCAUUUAUAUUAGGUACGUGCGCAGAAAGCCAUGAUCAUAAUUUAAGCUUAGUUACAUAA